AUGACUACCCCGCUCCACGUCGCUGCCGCGUUGGAUCACGCCGACGUCGUGGCCCUCAUCCUCAAGAAAAUACCUUCGUCUUCUGUCGACCUGAUGACCUGCACGCCAUGGCAACCCGCUCUUCCCUCGCCUGCUCCCUUACUCCACAUCAACAUGCUUGUCCGCCAUCAUGGCAUAGGCGGCUGGGAUAAACCGUCGACCACAGCUCUUCAUACCGCCAUUGCCAGUCGGGCAAGCGACAGAGUCAUUCUCGACAUUAUACGCGCCGGGGCAGCUUGGGAUCUACCCCUUGCCAACGCCCACGGCAUCACUGCGCUACAUCUUAUGGCUGCCCACGGCCGCAUCAGCCUGCUUCACUCAAUGUCUAGCCUUGGCAUCAAGGGCUUGGACUGGCCAGAUCACCAGGGUUUCCGCGCUCUCCACUAUGCCACUUGCUAUCCACCGGCAGGCACUGACACCGUCGCGGCUUCAGAACUUAUUGACGCCCUGGUGGGUGUUGGGGCUACUCUCGAGCCCUUGAAUGAUGAGGAGCAGAAUCAGACCUAUUUGACCAACCUGAUUACUGCGGCCUCGCGUCACAACGAAGGUCAAAGUGCGAGUUCGCUUGUUGAUGUGGACGGGACAUUGCCAGGCCGCCCGUGGCUUCCAACUGAUCUAAUGACGCCCAGCGGCGCAGUGAUCGACGUUGACGAAGAGCUUCUCCUCGAUGUCCAAAACAUGAUUUGCGCUGAGCCAGCCCGUCUCGCUCAGCUGGAGGGCAAGACGGCGCUGGCCGAAGCCUUGCAGAGCGCCUGCAACGCAGUCUGGACCGAAAGACCGGCGUGA